AUGCAACCUAUAGCCUCUAUCCCCGAAGAAGACCGGUUUUCUGUUCUGGUGCCGCGCGCGACCCCUGACCUCCACGGUUUUUGCCACGGAUACCCGUUGCGGCGGCAUACACUGGAACACAAGGCCAACGAAGGGUCGCUCCAACUGCGCGCCGACUGGGAGAAGUACAUCGGGCCCAUCGAGCGAUGGGGUUCGUGCAAUCCCUGGGAGGGCCACUUCGGGGCCGUCGUGCUGCCCUGCUGCAAACCAGAGCGGAUGGCGAUCGUGAACUAUAUCUUCGAAUACGCGUUCAUGUACGAUAAUGUCGUCGAGUCGGCGGCGAAGUCCACCAUCAAUGCUCAUGCGGAUGACAUCGCCUUGGAUGAGACCGAAUACCGCACCGUCCGAUCCGUCACCGGCACGAAGCAGGUGCAAUCGAAGAUGCUCCUUGAGCUAUUCUCCAUCGAUCCCAUCUGCGCGCAGGUCGUGCUGGACUCGUGGAAGACGAUGAUCGACACCACUGCCACCAAGGACAAGACGCGCGCGUUCCGCGAUUGGGAGGAAUACGUGGAUUACCGCAUCAUCGACACUGGCGCCCCGUUCGUCGACAUGCUGAUGCGCUUCGGGAUGGGCUUCGUCCUCACCUCCGAAGAGCAGGCGAGCAUCGAGCCCGUGGUGCGACCGUGUUAUGCGGCCCUGGGGCUCGCGAACGACUACUUCUCGUUUGAUGUGGAGUGGGAGGAGUUCCAACAGUCGGAAGAAACAACCAUGACCAACGCCGUCUGGCUGUGUAUGAAAUGGCACGAGGUUGACGUUCCCACGGCCAAGGAGAUGGUACGGGAAGUCACGAAUGAUUUUGAGAGGCAAUACCAGCAGCGCAUGGCUGAAUACGUCGCUGGCGAGGGAAAAAACAACCGCAAAGUCCAGAUCUAUCUGCGCGCGCUGGGAUAUCAGAUCCCCGGCAACGUUGCUUGGAGUCUGCGAUGCCCGCGGUAUCAUCCGCAUCUGGUGGAGGAGGCCAGUCGACUGCUCCAGGAGAGCAUGCAGACUGCUGCCGAUGAAGGGUAUUUGUCGCCGAUGCAUGGACAGGCAAAGCGCGCCAGUGUUUCGGAGGAAAGUGAGUCGAGCGAGUCGUCCGUUUGGUCGGUCGCCAACUCGCCUCGCUCGUCCAUUUCGUCUGCGGCGGAUGAUGAGCGGGACGUGGAGGAAGUGAAGCUAGGAUCCGAGCACCUGCUGGGCCCAGCCGAGUACAUCGCGUCUCUGCCUUCGAAAGGCGUGCGGGAGGCGUUCAUCGACGCCCUGAACGUCUGGCUCAUGCUGCCCGACCGGCAGGUGAAGCUGCUCAAGUCGAUCGCCAAGACACUCCACAAUGCCUCGUUGAUGCUGGACGACAUCGAGGACUCGUCGCCCUUGCGUCGCGGCCGGCCCGCGACGCACACGGUGUUCGGCGUCGGACAGACCAUCAACUCGGCCAACUUCCUCCUCCUGCAGGCCAUGGAUGAGGUACGCCAGCUGGACGAGACUCAGUGUCUGGACAUCUACUUCGAGGAGUUGCGCAAUCUGUUCACCGGCCAGAGCUACGACCUGUACUGGACGCGACAGGGCGAGUGUCCGACCGAGGGCGAAUACAUGGAGAUGAUCCGACAGAAAACAGGCGGACUCUUCCGACUCCUCGCGCGACUGAUGAUCGCCAAGGCACCUGCGCAGCGCAACCGCGAGAUCCCCCUUUCUCCUCUUAUCGACCUCCUGGGCGAAUACUUCCAAAUCCGCGACGACUACAAGAACCUCACCGAGGAGUAUACCGGACAGAAAGGCUUCUGCGAAGACCUGGACGAGGGCAAAUUCUCCUUCCCGCUGAUUCACGCGCUGCGGUCGCAGCCCAAGGAUAGUCCGCUUCGCGCGUGGCUGCAGCAGGGCCGAGCAGCAGGCGGGAUGGACGUGGCGCUGAAGCAGCGCGUGCUGGAUCAGCUGCAGCGGACUGGGAGCAUGGAGUAUACGUGCGAGACCUUACGGGCGAUGAUGGGCGAAAUCCAGCAGGGGAUGGGACGAGUCGAGAGGGAGACGGGGUGCGUUAACUGGGUGUUGAGGUUGUUAGUGCUGAGGUUGGAGGUCUAA